UGUAUUUUUAAGCAAUAGUCAUGAUGUUCUAUUAUUUUAGCUUUGCCGUUUGCUCUUGCCGUUUCCUGUCCAGAGACUGGAGAUGAGUGUAACUCUAAUUCUGUUAAAUCAAUUACUAAACAGAAACAAACCUUGAACAUACAGAUGGAUUCAGGCACCUUUGAGGCCGAUGGUUUCGUCAGACCGAUUGAACUGUUCUGAGUCAAAUUCCACAUGAUUUCACUUCCUCAUAUUCUCAUACAUUUCGGUUUCUCCAUUUCGUCUUCCUUAUGCUAAAAUAGUUGGCUUUUAAUUAAGACAGCUAUUUUUUGUCUCUGCUGAUGAGCAGGAACACACUAUUACUGAAUCAUAACAUCAUUUAUUUUUACAUCGUGAAGUUAAUUUCUUUGUAAAGGACAGUGUAAUUUGUGUGAAUAGCGUUUCACCUGCUCAUUGUUGGAGUAACAAAGUAACGCUCAGGCAGAGAAGUUCAAAGUGAUCAUUGUAAUUAUUUUUAAUGUUACACUGUUACAGUAGUCCUGUGUUUUUUACGCAUGCCCCCGCGCUCAGCCAAUCAGCGCCGCCCCGCGGCCGUCGCUCAGACCCCGGGUCCAAUCCAAACGCGGCGUGACGUCAGAGCCGCAGUGAGCGACGACCGAGGGCGUGAGCUGUUGCCGGAUGAGAGUCGCGUCGCACGUCGCGUCUGAUCAGAGCAGCACAUGAGUGUGCGCUCCUUUCAGAUCGUUUUGAUCAUCCUCCGAUUAUCGAUUGUGAGCCAGCGACCGACGGAUCGACUGAUACAUCAUGUCCGUGCUGGAGGAGUACGAGCGAGCGCCCAAGCGCCUCAAGGUGUCCGCGGAGGAUGAGGAGGAGCUGGAGGAAGGCGAGGAGUCAGACUCAGCAUCCGCGGGGCUCAUGGGUGACGAUGAGGAGGAUGAAGGGCAGAGCAGAGCGCGCUGGAGCUCCGCGGACAGGAAGGACAGCGGCUCUGAGACUCACCGCAUCGCUCCGUCUCCGGUCGUCCACGUGCGAGGUCUCUGCGAAUCCGUGGUGGAGGCCGAUCUGGUCGAGGCCUUGGAGAAAUUCGGAAACAUCUGUUACGUGAUGAUGAUGCCGUUCAAGCGUCAGGCUCUGGUGGAGUUCGAGGAGGUCCAGAGCGCCGAUCGCUGCGUGGCGUGUGGCUCUCAGGAGCCCGUGUACAUCGCGGGCCAGCAGGCCUACUUCAACUACUCCACCAGCAAACGCAUCACGCGGCCCACCAACGCCGACGACCCCAACAGCGGGAACAAAGUGCUGCUGCUGUCCAUCCAGAACCCGCUGUACCCCAUCACUACGGAUGUUUUGUACACGGUCUGUAAUCCGAUCGGAAACGUGCUGCGCAUCGUCAUCUUCAAGAGGAACGGGAUCCAGGCCAUGGUGGAGUUCGAAUCCAUCCAGAACGCUCAGAAGGCCAAAGCCGCCCUCAACGGGGCCGACAUCUACGCCGGCUGCUGCACGCUGAAAAUCGAAUACGCUCGGCCCUCACGCCUCAACGUCAUCAGAAACGACAACGACAGCUGGGACUACACCAAACCCUUCCUGCUGCGCAGAGAGCGUGGUAAAGGUCGUCAGCGGCAGGCUAUCCUGGGAGAACAUCCGUCCUCGUAUAGCGAUAACGGAUACGGAUCUCACUGCCCCCUGCUGCCGCUGCCCGGCAAUAACCGCUUCAAACGCGGCUCUCAUGACGUGCCGGAGGUGGUGGCGUAUCCGCUGCCCCAGACCUCCUCCUACAUGAGCCACGCCUCCAGCUCCGUCGCCAUGGUGAGCGGCCUGCAUCCCGCCAAGAUGAACUGCACUCGCAUCUUCAACCUCUUCUGUCUCUACGGAAACAUCGAGAAGGUGAAGUUCAUGAAGAGCGUCCCGGGCACGGCUCUAGUAGAGAUGGGUGAUGAGUAUGCGGUCGACAGAGCCAUCACACACCUCAACAGCAUCAAGGUGUUCAGCAAACGCCUCAACGUCUGCGUGUCGAAGCAGCACGCCGUGAUCCCCAGUCAGGUGUUCGAGUUGGAGGACGGCUCCAGCAGCUAUAAGGACUUCGCCAUGACGCGUAACAACCGCUUCACCAGCGCCGGUCAGGCGUCCAAGAACAUCAUCCAGCCGCCCUCAUGUGUGCUGCACUUCUACAACGUGCCGCCCUGCAUCAGCGAGGACGACCUGCAGCGGUUAUGUACAGAACACGACGUCCCAGGAUUCAUCAAAUACAAAGUGUUUGACGCCAAACCCAGCUCAAAGACCAUCUCUGGACUGCUGGAGUUCGACAGUAAGACUCACGCCGUGGAGGUUCUGACCGUCCUCAACCACUAUCAGAUCCGGAUACCCAACGGUUCAAACCCGUACACACUGAAGCUGUGCUUCUCCACCUCCUCACACCUCUGAGCCGGAGCGACUGACACCGGCAUCUUCAUCAUCACCAUCAUCAUCACCUCCUCCUGCUCCUGCUCCGCUCCGACUCCCCUUCGGUUUUAGUCCUCUUUAGUUUUUCAUCUGUAAAUUUGAUCAAACCCGGAAACUGACAAACACACAAACACACACGCACACACACACGCACGCACGGUGUGGAUGUAAGACAUGAUGAUGUCACUCCAGAUGAAGCGCAGGAAGAGCUGAUGAAGGACACGAGUGUUUGAUGACCAUCAUCAUCAUCAUCACCACCACCAUCUGAACUGGAAAUACCGAAGACGCGUCACAAAGCCGAACUGACGCGAUGAACACGGACACUGUAUUAUUUAUGUGUACAGCAGCGGGUUCACUAGAGACUAACGGAUCAGCCGCUGGGUUAACCGCUUGACUAGUCACAUGACCUGUAGUUGUGGUUUGCCUGAUGAGUGAAUGUGGCUGCAGCCCAGAUCCAGACACACAUCACAUGAUCAGCAUGUACAGUACUGUAAGUUCAGACCAGUGGUUUAAUGACUACUAGUUAGUUUCACCAUUAGUUCAGCUCCUCAUCUCUGCGUACAGUAACAUGAAGUGAUGCUCACCUUUACUGAUCCACUGACAGGUUUUCUGCAGGCUUGACGAAGGUCGUUUUUAAAAGAAAAUUUAAGGCGAGACACUGCGGGUGAAAAGGGUAAAACAGAUUAACGAAUAGUUAUCGCUUUGACAUUUUUUCUGAAGUUUUCUAAGAUGUUAGGUUUAAGUAUGCAAAUGAGGCAAAUAUGUGCUAAUUGCAUAUAUUUCUAGUACAAAAAUGUAAACACUGAAUGAAGUCAGUUUCAAAAUUCUUGUUUAUUUUUUUGACGUAUUAGAGUCAAAUGUUUUUACAGAGGAAAUUGUGGGCAUCUCAUUUUGUCACUCCAUAUUCAAGAAAAUACUUAGAACUGACACAAAAUCAUCUGUUUUCACAAUUUUGGGGGGAAUAAAAUGUUGUAUCUUAACAAGCAAAUUAUAUAUGAACAAAUCCCUCUGUAAAAACCUUCAGGAUAUAGACAGGAAUCAAAAUAUAAAGUGCUACUGAAGUGUUGAUUUAUGGCUCAGUGUAGGAGAAAAAACAGCCUUUAAAAAUCUGUAUUGUAAUUGAAAUCUGUUGACACAAAUAGAUAAAGUGCUAUAAAAGAAGCACUUAACAGUGUCUUUUGGAUGUUUAAAAAAAUCUCAAACUUGACAGGUGCCUGCAGUGUCUCACCUUAAGGAUUCAGUUGAAAGGAACACUAUAUGGUCUCUAAUUGUAAAUGUCUUGUGUUAGUAACACUUUGAAGUUUAAAAAAACUAAUUCAAACUGAUCUUAACGAGAUAUCAGAAUCAACUCUUACUGUACCAUAUGAUUAUACUGCAAAAUAAUGAUAUUUCUGUCUUGUAUUUCAGUUUUUCAGUACGAGAUUCUUAAAUCAAGAUACAUUCACUGGAGAAACAAAACGACAUUAAAAAGUCUUGUUUACGCUGAAAAGAAUCAAAAUGAAGUGAGUUUAUGAUUAAAACAAGAACAAAUGUCUGCCAACAUAGGCACUUCAUUUUGUUCAGUUUCUUAUAAAACAAGACUUCAUUUGUUCAUUUUGCAUCUCCAGUCAAUGUGUCUUGAUUUAAGGAUGUUGAGAUGUUUUUACUGGAAAACAAGGCAGAAAUCCUUAGGAAGAAACUCAUGUUUUGCAGUGCAUGCAACAUUUAAUGCCACGACUUGAUGAAUUUAUGACUUUCUGCUGUGAUUUAAAAAUGUUUUCAGGCCUUAGUUUGUGCAAGAGUGAAUUAAGACAUUUUAAGACCUGCAGAAACCCACAACAAGCCUUCAGAUCUGAUAUAAGUGUUUAGUUGAAUCUAAUUGCAGUCAGUGUUUUUCUCUUCACUCCACUGUCAGCGGUGGUAAAUUACAUUUAUUCAACUGAAAGCGACAAAAAUCAUCACAGAAUAAAAUAAUUCUUAUUUUCAAAUGUGUAAAUAAUAUGAAGGAACUGUAUCUAAAAUUAACAAAGGGCAAUAAACAAAUACCAAUUCAACCAAUUUGAUAAAUUUUCAUUUUUUAAUAUUUCACUUUUAUUUUUAAGGUUUUAAUUUUUUAUGUGUUGAAACCGGACACACUGACGUGCAGCAUUUCAGUGAGUUUCUUUACGAAGUACUGCUAUCGAAUCUGUUAUUCACCUAAUGUUUUCUUUUUUUAAAAUGUAAACAAGUCUGAAUGUUGUCUUCUUCAUCAUCAUCAUCAUCAUCAUCAUCAUCAUACUGAAGUCUGUCAGAUGAAGCAUCAUGAUCAUUAUUUCAUCAGUCUGCAGGUUUUUCCUGAUCGGAGGCUUCAGUAAAUGUUUCAUUUAUCUGUGGAGUUAGUUUAGUCCCCACUGACACCUGAACUAGUCCUGGUUUGACAGCUGGUCUAGUUUGAUCUGGUUCUGAUGGUCUGAUGUGUGUCUCGGUUCUUCAGCGGCUGCAGCGAGAGAGAGGAGCACGAUGGGCUUCACCAUUUAUUAUGAUUAUGAUUAUGAUUCAUGUGUGUAACUGACACAUCAACACAUCAGCAGUUCACUGUGAGCAUGUGCAGCCAUUAAACAUCUGCAGGUCA